AGUUUUUCCCGGGGUGGUGUGAGAGCGAGAGGGAGAGCGAGAGAGAGUGGGAGCACGGGCCGGAACAACAAAACGUACCAGCACACCUUGCCAGGGAGUCAGUAUUGCCUAGGUACUAGCGACGGAUUGUGGUUCCAAAAGGGAAAGGGACUUCAUUCAGAACGGUUGGCGUCCUCAAAGCGGUCACCACAUGGUUCUUUUGUUAGCUGAGAGAAAAGGUUUGAAGAACUCGGGCGCAGUUUGUUGAAACCGCAGCAACCUGUUUUUUUUGAGAAACUUGUGUCAUAUCAAACGGGGGUUGCGAUUCGCCGGAAGAAUCGAAAGUGUCGUUCAAAAGUGAAAGUGAAAGAAGUUCCUGUUGUGUUGUGUCCCCUCCCCCCCUUUUCACCCCCUCUUCCUGGAAAGAAGAAGAAGCCUUAGAGAGUCUGCUGUUGUUGUUGUUGGCGGAGUAGAGUUGUUGCAGUUCAAGUUGUUAUUGUUCAAGCCAAGAAGCAAUAUCUGUCAAGUGUCCUAAGAAGUUCUUUACACUCACACCCACAUACUAAUUCACAUCACAUACCUCUUCUGCCUUCCACAAACGCAACGUAGAGAGUUCCACCUCAUCCGAAGACAAUCAGCACGUGUUCUAGUAGUUCAUGCUAGCUAGUAGAUCUAGAAGAAGAGCAAGAUAUCAGAGCAGCGGAGAAGGAGAAACAAAUGUGCACCCAUUAGCCGUUAAUGGUAGUUUAGUGCGUGAUUCUAGAGAAGCACACUCAACCAAACAAAAAGAAAAGAAAAACGAGUCAAGAUAAAACACACAGAAAUCUAUCAAGUUCCCAAGAGCUCGAGAUAAAAGACACCUCCUCAAAGAGUCAGGAAAAACAAACAACAAAUCGUCUUGAAAAUGAGCGAUGUGAAACCGAUUAAAGCCAAAUAAACAUCGAGCACGAAACACGAUCACAGGAAAGGAAAAGUCGUGCAAGUUAAAAGCAAGGGGGAAAAAUAGUGAGAGAUUCCAGAAAACCACACACACGCGACGUUCAAUCUUAAGUGGGUGGUUUGCAGAUAUUGUGAUUUUUGUGGUCAAACGGUGCUGGACGCCGCCGCCGGCAAGUGGUUGUCGGAAGUUGUUGGAAGAUAAAAAAAAAAGUGGAGACGUUUGAAUAGAACGGCGUCGAACGAGGGGUCCGACGAAAGUGAAAAGUUGGAGAAAGUGAUUAAUUGCAGAGUGAACUUUUUGAUGAAAUCGACCUUUCCAACCUGUGUUUUGCCGAAUGCAGCACGAAAAAUGCCAACCAUAGCUUCCAGCUAAUCACCCCGACCCGUUCUUUCGUACUGUGUGCCGAGAAUCGCCGCGAAAUGGAAGACUGGCUGCACGCCCUCAAGGCCGCCUCGUCGCGGGAGUUCUUCGAGCCGGGACCGCCGGACCAGCAUGACUUCCUGUCGGGCCAUCACAACUGGUACGCGACGUCCCAUGCCCGGCCCACCUACUGCAAUGUCUGCCGGGAGGCCCUGUCCGGCGUGACGUCCCACGGGCUGUCCUGCGAGGUGUGCAAGUGCAAGGUGCACAAGCGGUGCGCGGCCAAGGCGAUCGCCAACUGCAAGUGGACCACGCUGGCCUCGGUCGGCAAGGACAUCAUCGAGGACCUCGAUGGGAACAUCGUGAUGCCCCACCAGUGGAUGGAGGGCAACCUUCCGGUGUCGGCCAAGUGCUUGGUCUGCGACAAGACGUGCGGCUCGGUGAUGCGGCUGCAGGACUGGCGCUGCCUUUGGUGCCGCUCGACGGUCCACACGGCGUGCCGUCCCCAGGCGCUGGUGCACUGCCCGCUGGGGCCGGCCCGGGUUUCGGUCGUUCCGCCCACCUCGCUGCACUCGAUCGGCAUCGACGACGCCUGGGACAUCUGCAAACCCCACGGCAGCUUCUCGCCGCUGCUGGUCUUCGUCAACUCCAAGUCCGGCGACAACCAGGGCGUCAAGUUCCUGCGGCGCUUCAAGCAGCUGCUCAACCCGGCCCAGGUGUUCGACCUGAUCUCGACCGGUCCCGGGCUGGGACUGCGCCUCUUUCGCCACUUUGACCCCUUCCGGAUAUUGAUCUGCUCCGGGGAUGGGUCCGUCGGCUGGGUGCUCAGCGAAAUCGAUCAAUUAAGUAUGCAAAAACAAUGCCAGAUAGCAGUGCUUCCACUGGGCACCGGAAACGACCUGGCCCGGGUGCUGGGCUGGGGCAGCUCCUGCGACGACGAUGCCCACCUGCCGCAGCUGCUCGAGCGCUACGAAAAGUCCAGCACCAAGAUGCUGGACAGAUGGAGCGUGAUGGUGUACGAGCGGGACAUUGGCGUGGUGCAGCCGCCGACGACGCGCACCCCCAAGACGUCCAUCUCGCACCACCCGGACCCGGUGCUGUUCCAGUACGAGGACGACGCCCUCUGCCACCUGCAGUCAAUUGUGACCAACGAGGACACCGCGACGAUGCUCGCGUCGACCCGCGAUCUCUGCACCACGGUCAACGACUUCAUCGCUAGAGUAAGAGAGAACAGCUCCGACGAAGAGCAAUUAAGCAUCAAAUGUGAUAUUUUAAGACAAAAACUAGGUAUGUUAUUAGAUACUCUGAAGGAGGAAGAAGCUGGUCUUCAUGGUGACGAUGAAUUAUUUCGAACGCUGAAAGAAAUUGCUCAAAAAAGUGCCUCAGAAAGACCAAUAGAUACCGAUUUCUCUUCGCAUAGAAAAACGAUAGAAAAGAACGAAAAGGACAAGCUGAACUGCAAGGAACGCACGAGCCGGAUUGACCGCCGCUCCGAGAAGGAGGCGGUCCUGUGCCGGGCCAACAGCCUCAAGCGCGCCAUCCACGAUGUGCUCAAGUUCAGCGAAACGAGCGGCCUGUACAUUCCGCCGAAGCGGCUCUCGGUUCCGGUCAUCAACACGCGGGAGACCUCCCCGGGCGGUUCGCCGAAUCUGGCGACGGGCGGGCAGCAGCCUCCACUGUCACCGUCGGUGUCCGCCACGCGCCUCACAUGCAUAUCACCGCUGCCGGAUCUGCGCCGGGACUCGAUGGACGAGCACUUUCUGAGCAACGUGAACCUGCCGGUGCCGAAGCAGUUCGCGGACGGAGGCAGCCGGCGCAGCUCGGGCAUCCCGGAAAACUACCGCAUCUCGAGCAUCGAGGAGCUGGAGGAGAACAGCGUCCACACGGAGCGGUUGGCACGAGCGGUCGAGCAGCUGGAGAACAUCGAAGAGCACACGGACAAUCAGGGCAAGGACGACAAGGACGAUACGUUGAAUCAAAAAUCUUCGACCACAACAACGUCGGACUCGCAGUCGACGACGGCACCGUACGACUUUUCGUUCGAGUCCGACACCAAGACGGUCCGGUACGACCUGGAUGCGAACAGCGCCUUCGAGCGGCUCGGCUUCAAACCGUUCAAGAAGGCCCUCGAGCAGCAUCAGCACCAGUUGCAACAGCAGCAGACAAAGACUGAGUCGGCGUACCUGCAGUUUCAGCCGAUCGAGGUGUACGAACGGAAUCUGUACCGUAACCAGCUGCAACAGCAACAGCAACGCACCGCACGAGCGUCCCUCCCCGGCAACGAAGCCACACUGAAGGUGUCCAACACGCUGCAGGUUCCAAACAUUUCCAUACCGACGCUGGAGAAACCGCCGGAGAACAUGUACUUUAGCGAAAACAUAACCAUCAUCGACACGGACAUGUCGGUAGGUUACCACCGCCGGAAUUCCCAGCCCGCGCUGCCGGUUGCAAAAACAUUUGGACUUUUAUUUCAGGAGCGUUCCUCGUCGGAAGACGUCCCGGGCGAAGCGAGUGACGUUCUGUCCGCGAUCAGCAACGAAGAGUGCAGCGUGACGUCGGAAAUCCUGGACCGGCAGUCGGAGAACAACUCGCAAAUUCAUAUCGCCGAUCUCAUUCAGGACCUGGACACGGACCGGUUCAGCCACAUCGAUUCGCCCGAGACGAGCGACACGACCGAGGCGUUGCACGGGGAAAGUCUGAUGGACGAUAUCAGCUCGGUGCUAGGGCAGGAUCUGCUCGGUGCGCUGCAGGACAACACAAUCACCGAAGACACGACGACGCUGUGCACGCUGGAUCAUACGAAGCGGCGGAGCUUCAAGAACAAACAGCAGCAGCAGCAACGGAAGAGCAGCGCCGAGCUGGAUCCGUACGGGUUCGAGAACCGGGUGUUUGACAUCGACAACCGGUGCGAUGACCAGAAGGUUCGCGAGCCAAAGUACUGCAGUUUGGCCAAGUUCGUCGAGGGAAAUGAUAUCGCGAGGAAGAGCUUCAAGAGGCCCGCCGGACGGAGUGGAUUCCCGUCCAGAAGUUUGGCCAGCAGAAUGCUGAACGUGCAGGAGAAUGACUACGAGAAUACACGAACCUUGGCGGCUAGCUUUCUGCAGGCGCACGGAUCUCCGUCGGACGUAUCGGCGUCCGAAACGGACACGGUACGAACGUCCGCCAUCGAGUACAGGAAGCUCAGCUCGACGGCAACCAACGACGCCGACGAGGACAGCCUGUCGGAGGACGGAGGGGAAAAAGAGUCGGACCGCGAGUCUGAAGGAGCGGUGGGUGGACAGCUGGAUGACGAUGACGAGGAAGAUGAAGACUACUACAACAAAGACCAGGACGACGGAGACGGCGAAAAGAGCUUCGAACCUUUGCCAGGGAUUCCGACAAUCAACGUGGUCGUCGAGCCACCGUCUCCGGCGAUGAGUGACGAGCUGAGGUCGCUGCGGGUGCCGGAGAUUCGACGCCACUCAAGUCACACGCCAAACAUGCUGGCACCGCGCGAGAUCGACAUCAACCGGCGGCACUCGGGCAACAAUCCGAAUUUACUUGGACUGGACUCGGAGCACAUCCGGUUCCUGAACUGUUCGCCGGCUGCUUCGCGGCGCAUCAGCAGUGGCAGCCUGAUGUUCAAGCCGGAAGCGCUCGGCAGCUCCAAGAGCAAUAUUUUCAGCUCCAGCUUGGGACUGUUCAACUUUGAGCGGGACGCCGAACGGAAGGAGGAAGCUAAGAAGCAAAAGGACGAAAGGGAAGAAAGAAACAAGAAGCUGCCCAUUAUCAACCCGUUGGUGAGGCUGCCGUCGUGGCCAAACGUCAGCAGCGGAACCGGCUUCAUCUCCAAGUGUUUGAUGGCCAACGCGGACACGCUUUGCGCAGCCGUCAGCCCAUUGAUGGAUCCGGACGAAACGCUCAUGGAGGGGUAUCAGGAGAAGGCGGUUAUGAACAACUACUUCGGUAUCGGAAUAGACGCCAAGAUAUCGCUGGAUUUCCACAUCAAGCGAGAGGAGCAUCCGGAAAAGUGUCGAUCACGCGCCAAGAACUACAUGUGGUAUGGCGUGCUGGGAUCGAAGCAGUGGCUGCAGAAGACGUACAAAAACCUGGAGCAGAAAGUUCAACUGGAGUGUGACGGACAACGAAUCCCGCUUCCGUCGCUGCAGGGAAUCGUCGUGCUGAACAUUCCCAGCUUCAUGGGCGGAACCAAUUUCUGGGGAAGCAAAAAGGAGGACGAUUGCUUCCUGGAACAAAGUUUCGACGAUCGCAUCCUGGAGGUCGUGGCCGUGUUUGGAUCGGUACAGAUGGCCGCUUCCCGGCUCAUCAACCUGCAGCACCAUCGGAUUGCGCAGUGCCAGAGCGUGCAGAUCAACAUUCUAGGUGAGGAAUGCGUCCCCAUCCAGGUGGACGGCGAGGCGUGGCUCCAGUCGCCCGGCAUGAUCCGGAUCAUCCACAAGAACCGCGUCCAGAUGCUGUGCCGGAACCGGCUGCUGGAGGUGUCGCUCAAGAGCUGGCAGGAGAAGCAGCGCCAGCACAGCAUCUCGAUCGCGCGUGAUCAACCCUCGACGGCAUCCGAGCAUCUGGUCGCGCCGUCCGAGGACAUCUUCUCCGAGCGGGAAACGUACCUGCUGCUGAACUUUAUCGAGUGCGCCAGCACGCUGGUCAAGUGGGUCAAGAUGCUGAUCAUUUCGCACCCGUCGCUGCAGCCGGACCUGUACGCGGUGGCGUCCAAGACGACGGACACGCUCGAGUCGAUCCACCCGGGCGGGAAGAUCAUCGAUGGGCCGAACCUGCGGCGGCAGUUGACCGAACUGGUCAAAGCCGCCCGCCAGCUGUACGAAAACACGUGCGACCUGCUGCGCGAGCGCAGCCACAGCCUAAUCCUGCGCGAAGAUCUGGAGACGAAGCUGAGCGUAUCGCUGGCCAACAUGGAGAUGGAGAUUGGCCGGGUGAGCCUGCAGCAGACGGGCACCGGCGAAACGAAGGCCUACCUGAACGUGCUGGCGCCGAACGAGGAUGGAGACCACCACCGCAAGAAGCAGAAGCCGUUCUGGCUGCGGUUCCGGGGACAGGGUGGUGGCCACCACGGGCACGGUCACCACGGCCAUCACCAUCAGGGUGGGGGAGGCGAGACGCGCGAUGCCGUCAGCAGCUGGGGUGUGGGCGAGGUCGUCACCUGGUUGGAGGCCAUGCAGCUGGCCGAGUACGUGGACAGCUUCAUCAAGAACGACAUCCGCGGCAAGGAACUGCUCACGUUGGCCCGGCGUGAUCUGAAGGACCUGGGCGUGACCAAGGUGGGCCACGUCAAGCGGAUUCUGCAAGCGAUCAAGGAUCUGGGCAGCGCCAGCAACGGGUAAAACAACAGCUAACGAAGCGGAAGGAGCCUAGAAGCAAAUUAAGCAUUAUUUCUUUAAUAAUCAUGGAACUAAAAGACUUCGUUUACUCUUAUAUAAGCAUACAUUUCCAGUCUCUUAAGUACUUUUUUUCUUACAAGAAAUAUGAAACAAAAUCAUCUACAAAAAAAAACCGUGCAUGGUAUAACUGAUAAACAAACAAACAAAAAAAACUUUACAUGAAAUAAAAACAUAGAUAAUCAAAGAAAAGGAAAUGUAAACAAGGAAACAAGCAUAUUUAGACCCGCCAAUGGUAGCGAAACUCUGAAACUAAAAAGAGAGUAGAUCGAUUCUCAUCGAAUAGAACUACUUCUAUAAACAUUAAAGCAAACCCAUUUAUGGCAACAAAAUAUCAAUUUUACAGCAACUUAAAAGAAAACGAAAAAGCAGAGAAUCGCGAGCAAACUGUUGAUUGUGUGUUUUAGUUACCAGUUCUGCAACUUAUUAUAUUAAAUAUAUUUAGGGUAGCGGCUAAGGAUGAAUGUGAAAAUGAAUCGUUUCCCCUUCCAACUCGUUGUUCUAGUUAGCAACUAAGCGUUUAAAACUAAACAUUGACGCAUAAAAUAAACACUGAAUUAAACACUCCGAGAAAACAGUAAACAAAAACAAAA